AUGGGUGACAGCACUGAUAGCAUUACACAAAUAAUUGAAGCUUUUCGGAUUCAUUCUCUUAAAAUUGGUUCGGCGAGCACAAAUGUCGCCUCACCACAACUGUGCUCUGAUAUAACUCAUACGCCCGAAAACAAAGUAAUUUACUUCAUCCACAGAGUUGCUGAAUUUGUGAGGCUCUGUGCUGUUGCAAAGCCUCUGGAAACUCACGCUUUAAGCAAGCUUCUUCAAGAGAUUGUCUCACCCUAUUUGACUUCAAAUGUUGUGUCAUCACUUCUAAGUCGUAUUUAUCAGUCUACAGACUGUUGGCCCUCUUUUUCAGCUGGAUUUUUCGAAAUUUUGCAUUUAUUGCCAUACACUGCAUCACCGCACGCCUAUUUCAACUUUCCGGAUAGUGAGAGUUCUAAUAUUGCUUUACCUCCAACGGAUAAAUGGCCUUGUCAAAGUGGUUGGACGUUUCACUGUUGGUUAUACAGAUAUCCAUCGGCUAAAGCCAACAAUAAAAUUAAUUUAUACUGUUUUCAGACUUGUGAUCGUCUAGGAUUUUCAGGAUAUUUUGUAAAUGAUGUUUUCUUCCUAUCUUUAACUCGAAACAAAGGGAAGAUCGAUGAAUUCCCAGUAAAUUUCAAUUUCCAUCCACAUGAGUGGUUUAUGAUUACAAUUGUACAUUCAUUUGCCCGUUGGAGUGGUAGCAAUAUUUCAUGCUAUGUUAAUGGUGUUUUGGUGUCAAACUUUGAUGUUACUUGGCAUUUAAAUUCCAGUGAGAUAUUCAAGACAUGUCUUAUUGGUCAAUCAAGUGAUCCAACUGAUGGCAGUAGUUGCUUUAGCGGACAUAUAUCCAUUAUAAUGGGAUUUAUGGAUGUGCUGACUUCCGAACAAAUCAGUUACAUUUAUUCGUUAGGUCCAAAGUAUCAGGGACAAUUUCGUUUUGAAACGGAAAGCUGUGAUGAGUCAGUUUCUAAUCAAAGCAAAAUUACGAUUGACUUAAACAAGCUACACAAUUCCCUUGUAUUUGCAUACAGUCCUCUUGCUUCUGAUGGUCGGUUGUGUUUGAAUCAGGCUGUGAAUUUCCACCAGUCGAGUCAGACAUCACUACACGCUAUAAUGAAUGGGAAUGUUUCUGCUGUGAUAAGUUUAACCGUGCCAGAUCUACUCAUACGACUUGGUGGUAUCCAACUAUUGUACCCUUUGUUCAAUCGUUUAGACUGGUCAGUUGAAAAGUCUAACUGUCUUGACAAUGAAACAGAUCUUUCAAAGAUACUUUCACUUCAUCCAUCCUUUGCAAAUCUCCAACCAUCUACACCAGAAAUUCAAACAAUUUUAGUUCGUCUCAUUUUCAGUCUAGUCCGUACAUCGAUUACAUUGAGAAAUCAGUUUAUUACAACUAAAGGUCUACUUAUCAUUGCUAAUGCUCUGAAUCAGUCUGAGGCAAAACACCUAACAAUGAGUCUAUUGGAUGAAAUUAUCCAGUUUACACGUUAUCUAUUAAAAAGAAUCAGUUCAACUCAAAAUAAUAAUAUUACUGUUGAUGAUGGCGAUAAUAAUCAUGGUCAUAAUCAUAAUAAUAAUAACAGCACUUUGAAUAUACACAAUAAUCUAAUAAUGAAUUCUAAUGUUCAUAUUAUACUACUGAAACAAAUGUAUGGUUAUUUAAUAAGUAAUUCGGAACUCUGGUGUCGAGCAACAGUUGAUGUUCAAGAACAAUUGUAUCAAUUUUUAGCUACUGAUUUCAUGGAAGCAGUUAUCUCCGGGUAUAUUGGUCGAACAGGGACUGUAAUCCAUUGUUUAAAUACACUGAAAUAUUAUUUAGCAUUAGCUAGUCCUCGUGCACGAAGUGGAUAUGAACUGAAUACACCAGAUCAUGAACUGUUAGGCUCAGUUGAUGAGAUCGUUAAAUUGCGUACAAAUGUAUUAAUUUAUUUAAAACGCCUAUUUUCACGUGGUAGUGGAAUUACAGACAGUGAAAUGCAAGCAAUUUUAAACUUUUUAACUACAAUACACGAGCCAGAAAAUAUACACGAUAUAUUAUACUUAUUGGUUAGUGCUUUAAUUGAAUAUCCAUCUACAUGCGGUCCAGUAUUUAUUCGUACAAAUGGCAUACAUUGUGUAUUCAAACUACUCACUUCUGAAGAUGAACAUGUACGAAUUUAUAGUAUCAAAUUAUUUGGACUUUAUCUUAUUUAUGGAAAAAAUUUGGUGUAUGGAAAUACAGUUGAACGUUUCAGCUUAUUCUCUCUACUGGAGGAUCGUUUGAAUUCAGUAUCUUCUCAGUUUACUUUGUUAACGUAUAAUGCCUUAUUCGAAGUGUUGACUGAAUCUAUUUCUCCGAAAAUUCGUGUCCAUCCGAUUAUUAUUAGCGAGAAAUCAAUAUCAAUGAUAAAAAAUCCUGCUUUACUUAAAGUUAUAGCACAAUUGAUUUCUCAGUCAGAACAGACAAGUGAUAUUUUAUCGAUUAAAGAUACUUUCAUUCAGCAUUUAUUUGCAUUCUGUGCACAGAAUCCAUCCAAUAAAAAAAUAAUACUUCAACUGUCUAUAUGGCAAGAUUGGUUACUUCGUUUAGCACCAUUAUAUCCAAAUAAUAAAAUGAAUGCAAAAUUUCUUGUGAAAAUUUUACGAUUAAUACGUGUUCUAUUAAUACAUGGUAUAUGCUAUGAAUAUGGUAGUUGGCAAGUAUUUGUUGACACUUUGGCUUUAAUUCAUUUACAUAUUUGUGAAGAAAGAUUUUCUUAUUAUAAGGAGAAGCAACAGUCUGUCAAAUCAAAAGAUCCAGAUUUUGAGAAGAAAUCAAAUUUAGCGCAUAAAAGUAGCUCUGUACUUUUCUCAAAUAAAGACUCAAUUGCAAGAAAUAAUUCAGUAGGUGUUGAUCUAACAGAAUAUGCAUCUCAUCAAAUGACAACUGCUUAUGUCUCACCUACUGAUUCAACAUCUGAACAUCCUUCAAAUACUGGGAACAGUAGUAAUAAUGAUGAUAAUAGCAACAAGGAUACACAAUCAGUACAUGAUUCAGAUGUCAACUUAGAUCGUACUUUAUCUGAUUCAACACUAUCUUAUGAGAAUAUUGAACUAUCUUCAUUACCAGUGUCCAAAUCACCGGUGGAACAGAGGUCGUCUUCACCACUGCCUGUACCUUCACCUCCGCAACCAUCAACAUCCAGUCCUCAUACUGCUACUAAUGCUGAUCAUGAUGUAAAAAAUAUUGCGGAGAGUAAAACAGUUACAAACGUUAUGAAUGAGAAAUCAAAGCGGAAUAAAAAUUCAGUGAAAUUUCAAUUAGCUAAUUUCUCUUGGUCAUAUGUUCAUCAUUUACUGUUGGAUGAUUUAUUGUGUUCACUGGAAAAUAUUGUUGUUCAACAAAAUAUUCAAAGAAGAGUUUCAGUUCAUUCUUCUCCAUCUGAAUUAUACGAUAAUGUAUUAAAACAUAAACAAACGACUAAAAAACGUAAAGAAUCUUUACUUUCAUCAACACCAUUGCCUGCUCAAUUGAAGUCUACGACUAAAUCACCAUCACCAACAGCAUCAUCGUCCACACUGUCAUCAGUCUCCUCGACAUCAUCAAUGUCUUCGAACAGCAAACAGGUGUCGACUAUUUCAAAGCAAAUCAAUAAUGAUGGUAGUGGUGGUGAUGAUAAUAAUAAUGACAGUGCAUCGAUAACAGAAAAUCUCCCUCAUAAUAUCCAUGAUGGCAACCGAAUGAAUGCCAAUAAUGUUAUUAUCAUUGAUAUGAAAACGGAAUCGGCUUUUGUUACAAAUCUUUUACAAAUUAUUUCUUAUCUAUGUGAUAUGAUUAUUGGAGCGUGUGGAGGUCUGUUGCCGUUGCUUGCUGCCGCGUCAAGCUCUACAAGUGAAAUCGGCAGCCUAGAAUCUGUUCGUGGAAUGGAAUUGAGUGAUGCCAUUGGAUAUCUGUUACGCCUCACUUAUUUAGCAGAUUUUUGUAUUAUGAACGGAAAUUACAAUUUAAAACUACUAGAAUCUGAAAGAAAUCUUACGCCAGGGUCUAUAGUACGUCAGCUGUUAAGAUUAUACUUAACAACUGCAGUUCGUAAUUGCUUAGAAUCUCGACUUAAUGUCCUUCUGCCUUCAGCAUACCUUGUACAAACUAUGAAACAAUUAGCCUCGGGUAAUGAUAUUAUUAGCCAUCAUACUGUCUGCAGUGAUGCUGUUGUUGAUGACAGUGUUGAAGUGAAUGAAGUAUUAUUUAUCCAAUCAGAUGAUGGCAGUCAUAAUAUUCAAUCGAUACAGAUAAUCAGUGGAUCUACACAAACAUCGAAUAAUAAUGACCUACGUGUAGAUAAAAUUAAACAUGAUAACAAUUCAUCAAAUGGUAUAGAUAUUACAUCUAAAGAAUUUCAUUCUAAACAUUUAUCACUACCACCUAUGCCAAAUAAUUCCAACAGUCAAAAUAAUAAUAAUGUCCUAGAAGAUUCCCUGGAGAAUUUAACACGGAAAGUAUUAAAUCUGUCAAGAUUUCAUCUUGUCGUCGAUUUAGAGUAUUAUGCCAUUCAUCGACUAGGAUGUGUAGUACAACCAUGGAAAUUUCCAGAUUAUUUAGCCUCAUCGCUUGAUCUCUUUCGUAUUGGUGAUAUGAAACAAGCAUAUGAUGCGAAGAUUCGGCAUUUAAGUGGAACAUUUCAACAGCUGUUGUAUGGAAUUAAACCAUAUUUCAAUUAUCCAAAAAAUUAUGGAAAUGAACUUUUUCAAAAUACUGUGAUCUCUCCAAUUGAAGAUUUUCAAGUACUUAUGCAAAAUUCUGAUCUGUUGAGAAUACACUAUCUGAUCAAUAGAUAUGGAGAAACAUCAAAAUCACCUGAAUCUUUAGCUUUAGCAACAGUUUACUUCCUCUCUGUAAUGAUGGUCUCCAAAUAUCGUGAUUUUCUUGAUCCCAAUCCAAUAUGGUUGCCAUACAGUGGGGCUAGUGGUGAUAGUGGUCAGAUAGGUCGUGCGCAUUCAAAUACUAAUGUCAAUUAUGCCAACGGAGUAAAACGUGAAAGCUGCCGUCAAGCGGAUACAACUGUUCAUACUGAUGCCAACAAUAAUAAUAAUAAUAAUGCUAGUUCUGAAGGCGUUGUUAGCCUCAGUGGAAAUGAUGCAGAUUGCAGUUCAAUUGUCAGUGAAGAAUAUGAAUUAGUUGAUAUACCACUAGAUGAAAUGACACAACAGAAUAAAAAGUUAACUUCAUUAACUGAUUCCCUUGACAUUUGUCUUGGAUCAACUGGAAUAAUUUUAAAAGCUUUAUUCAGUGAAUUUACAGAUUAUUUCACGCGAACAUUGAUUGGUACACAUGGACAAGAAUUAUUUCCUAGUGUUCAACCAUUCCUUCAGGAUAAUUCUUCUGUUAUUGAAUUAGUCAUGUUAUUGUGUUCACAAGAAUGGCAAACAUCUUUACAAAAAUAUGCUGGAUUAGGAUUUAUUGAAUUAGUCAAUGAAGGACGUCUUAUCUCACAUUCUAUUCGUGAUCAUUUAUAUCGUGUAGCCGCUGAAGGUGAUAUCCUCUUGAACCAGUUACAUGUGUCCAAUAUUCAACAACAUACUAAAUUUGAAGAAAUCACAGCGCAUAUCAUGGCUGAUUGUCGUGAAGAAGAACAAUCAUAUAAGAAUAUUAUUGAGUCAACACGUGUACUCAAAUCAUUCAACUGUUCAUCAUCAUCAUCACUGCCUUCAACAUCUUCCACCUUGCCUAGUAUUCAUCCUUUGAAGAAAGAUUAUUACCGACUAGAUGGUUGGGAGGAUGACAGUCGAAGACACCGUAGACUCAUUCCAAAUCCACACGGUACUAGUUAUUCUUCAGCUGCCUUUUACAAUGAAAAUAUACGUCGUCGAUCUGUUGUUGCUGUUCAAAAUCAUUCUGAUCAGUUGGCAAAUCUUUUCAAAGAAGCUGGAGCACAACACGCUCGAGAUUUCUCUGUCAGUGAUGAAUCAGCUACUGAAGUAAACUCACUGUCAACUGAAUUACCGCCUGAUAAUACAUCUGUGUGUUCAACUGUCAAUGAAUCAGUGGAUACUACUGAGACUCUGGGUCCUGUAACUUUAACCUGGUUUCAAGAAGAUAUGCUUUAUCCUGGCCGUCUAUGCAUCGACUUUAAAGAUAAUGCCAACCUGUCUGUACCAUGUAUCCUAGUCUCAUUAGGCGUAACUAUCCAUGGGACAUUAUCUGUUUCAAAGUAUGAAUUAUACUUUGAACAGGAUGCAGCUAAUCCUUUGAAUGAAUUAAUUGACCAGCGAGUUUUAGCAUAUAUUGAACAUGUUUAUAGUAGAUGGUCAUUGUCAGAAAUACGUGCAAUCUUUAAUCGUUCCUUUUUACAUCGUAAAGUUGCAUUGGAAAUAUUUGUGGCCUCAAGAGGUUCCGUACUUUUCGCGUUCAAAGAUGUUGCCACUAUGAAAUCAAUUGUAAAUGCUUUACCUGAAGUAGGCAUAGGCACAAGAUAUGGUCUGCCUGCAUCCAGAUCGUCUACAUUAGCUCCACCGAGUAAAAUAUUUCAACUAUCCAAUAUGACACAACGUUGGCAACGUCGUGAAUUAUCAAAUUUUGAUUAUCUUAUGUAUUUAAACACAAUAGCUGGUCGUAGUUAUAAUGACUUAAAUCAAUAUCCAAUAUUUCCAUGGGUUAUUUCAAAUUAUGAUGCCAGCGAAUUAGAUUUAUCCUCACCAUCUAAUUAUCGCGACUUGUCGAAACCGAUUGGUGCUAUAAAUCCUAAACGUAAAGCAUUUUUCGAUGAACGUUAUAAUAAUUGGGAAGAUGAAAGUCGACCACCGUUUCAUUAUGGUACACAUUAUAGUACAGCUGCAUUUGUAUUGAAUUAUUUACUACGUGUUGAACCGUUCACUACUGUGUUUCUUAAUCUACAAGGUGGUAAAUUUGAUCAUCCUGAUAGAAUAUUCUUUUCAAUUGCAAAAACCUGGGAGAAUUGUCAGAUUAAUACAUCAGAUGUCAAAGAAUUAAUUCCAGAAUUCUUCUACUUUCCUGAAAUGUUUGAAAAUUUAAAUGAUUUAGAUUUAGGCAUAACAGAUGAUGGUAUUCAUGUUGAUACUGUGAUACUUCCACCAUGGGCAAAAACACCUGAAGAAUUUGUACGAAUUAACCGUGAGGCAUUAGAAUCUGAACUAGUCUCAUGUCAAUUGCACCAUUGGAUAGAUCUUAUCUUUGGUUAUAAACAACGCGGUCCUGAAGCUGUUCGUGCUACCAAUGUCUUUCAUUAUUUAACCUAUGACGGAAGCGUUGACUGGGAUAAGAUUACUGAUCCACUUCUCAUUAAAGCUGUUGAAGAUCAAAUUCAAAGUUUCGGUCAAACACCUGGUCAACUGUUGACUACUCCACAUCCACGACGGAAUUCAACACUUCAUCAUAAUCCAGAGAUUUUCAAUCUUCUCAAUGAAGAAUUCUGUAUGAGUUUAAAAUUCCAUUCUCAUUCACCAAUUGUAAAGUUAUUCAGUAAUACAUCAAUGAAAGCAAUUCCAUUUCCUUCUAUAAUUGCUAUAAGUGAAAAUAGAACAAUAGUAGUAUGCAGAUGGAAUGCUUUAGCUGCUGAUGCAGUCUAUCGAAAAGCUCGUGUAAAUCAUGAUACAGAAUCAAUUGAUACAACUGCGAACAAUCAUGAUACAAAACUUCAACAGACUAAAACUCCAUCUGCGACUUCAAACAAUAAUAAUAACGACUUAUCAGUAACAUCACCAUCGUCACAGCCUAUAAUCGAUGCUACUGUGUCACCAUUGGUUACCACCAGUGUUACAAAUUUUCCGACAUCAUCUAAAGAAAAUUCACGUGUUAAGCAUGGAACGGAGCAAAUAGUCAAUUUACCUUUAAAAUCAGAAUUUGUAACACCACUUGGUCGGUGUUUAGGAAAUGAUUUCGACGAAAAUAUGCAAAUCACCAGUAAUCAAUUUGUUGUAACCGCUGAUAGUAGAGCUGUUAUACAAUGUGGUUAUUAUGAUAGAUCAUUUCGUAUUUAUGGAUCACGUAGCAAUCGUUUAAUUCAAGCAGUGUUUGGUCAUAGUGAUAUUGUUACUUGCUUAGCCCGUUCAGAAUGUCAUUUUAGCCAGUAUUACUAUCUAGCCUCUGGUAGUCGAGAUUGUACUGUUAUGUUAUGGAUGUUCAGUAUGCAACGUUUAUGUGUUGUUACUAGUCAAGGUACACCUAAGCCAGUAGUUAUCUUGAACGGUCAUGAAGCUAGUAUCAAGUGUAUCAGUUUGUCAGCGGAAUUGGGUCUAGUACUGAGUGGAUCAGUUAACGGGACUUGUCUGUUGCAUUCAACACGUGGUGAACUACUACGUUCAUUAUGCUCACCGUAUACAACAGCAACACUUGAUCAAGUGUCGACACCAUUACCGUCAUCGUCUUCAACACCUCCAGUUGAAUUGGCUAAUUCCAAGCAACCUGAGCCAAAUUUGUUUACAUAUCAUCGUGAAGGUUAUCUACUUGGCCAGUUCGAUCAUUCUUGGUUAUCACUGUAUAGUUUAAAUGGGAAAUUAUUACAUUCCAGUGAUUUAAGUAUUCUAUCAAAUAAUACAAAUUCAUCUAUUGUCUAUCAUAUCAAUGCUAUGCUAUUUAGUGAUUGUGGUCGUUAUAUCCUAGUCGCUGGUAAUGAUGGUGUAAUAUGGAUACUGAGAAGUUAUAAUCUAUUACCAGUUCAUGCAUUUCCUAAAUGUGAUACAUCAGUUGAAUCGUUAAGCUUAAGUCAUGACCAACGUUUUAUUUUUGCUGGUCUCAAAUCAGGCUGUGUAGCUGUAUUCUUUGUCGACUUCAAUCAAUGGCAUCAUGAAUUUCAACAGCGUUACUCUUGA